AUGAUUGAAAAGAAGUCCAAAAAUGUUGUCCCUCUGGAGGAAAAGAGCAACGAUGAAAUUUGUAUAACCAACAAUUUGAGAAUUGAAAAAGUCAAAAAUUAUGGCCGUACCCCGUUUAGUGUUUACAAUGGUGUCCCUGAGGAACCAAUCAUGAAUUUUGAGAAAGAUGGGGAGAGUGAGUUACGAUGGAUUCCCGAAAAGCGCUUUCUACUAGCCACUAAUCAUCUUGGAGCGGUCUUGAACGAAGAGUUAUACGACUUCCUGGUAUACCCUUUCCUUGCCGCGGUAAAGGAAGGUAGUAAUAGCAUGCCCACAGAAUACCUAUAUGCUGAAACUUGGCAACCUAGCUUUCGUGAAUUCAUCCUUCGAGUCAGUAAUAUAGGACGUACAAACCACAAAUCUGAAGCUAAAUACACGAUGUUCCGCGUAGACCAUGGGGUAACCACCAACAAGUCCUUCAGUGUCGGCCCCCGAGGUCAAAAUGGCGAAAUGUAUGCCAGAUCUAUCACAAACAAAACGCAAGGCAAACUGCGGGUGAUCCAAACUGGCAUCCAUGAAAUGAAUCCAGAAAAUAUAUUUGUUGGACCAUACGGCUCAAUUAGAGUGCUUUUUGAUCCAUCGUUCCCCUGGGUGGUAGUCUCUAACUGGGGAAGAAUUAGCGAGAAAACUUACGACUGUCUCGAAGACGGCACAACCAAUUUGAAUAGUCCUGGAAAGGGGUCACCAUCAGCUAUUUCAGAAUUUGGUAAACCAACCCAAGAUAGUUCUCAUCAAUUUGAGCCUGUGAGCCAGGCUUCAUCACACCCUUAA